AUGAAAAGGAGCACUGUGAAGCCUAACUUGGUAAUCUAUACCAUCCUUGAUGAUAGUUUGUGCAAUUGUGGGAAGCUUAAAGAUGGGAAGGAGCUGUUUUAUGGACACAGUGACGAAGGGUUUCUGCCUAAUGUUUAUACAUACGCCGGAUUGAUUGCUGCACUUUGCAAAGGACUAAUGAUUGAAGCACACAAGAUUUUUAGACAAAUGCCAGCUACGCAUCUCACCUACAAUGUCAUUAUCCAAGGAUUUCUCCAACACAAGUAUCCAUCAAUGGCAAUGCAACUUGUUGAAAUGGUCAAUCGGGAAUGUUCUGCAGAUGCUGCCACUAUAGCCUUAUUGAUUGAUGUGUCCAUUAACAAUGAGAUUCCUGCUCUAAAAGUUUGA